GUAAGCAUUCGCAACAGUAUCGGCUUAUUCGAAUGUGGAGGAUUUGGUGGAGACUCGUGAUUGAGAAUGGCGUUUUUUAAAUCGUGAGGAAACUGUGGAUUGGUGUAAUAAAACCUCGGCCCCAGGUGUGGCCCGGGGGUUACCCUGGGGACCUUGGAGAAGCGAUCGUGCCAAGACGAAGUGGCUGAGAACGACGAAGGACACGGGAGGCGGAGGAGGAGGCCGCUAUGAACGCCAGCGUUAACGUCGAAAGGAACUCCUGGCGGCUGCCUCCCGAUGAGACCGUCCAGGUCGCCGAUCCCCGUUCAAAAUCAGCCCAGGUAAAAGAGGAUUUAACGUACGCGGACGGCGGCCACAAUUGGCGGAGUAUAAUUUUCUCACUACUAGUCAUCGGUUUCGUUAUCGCUGGCAUUGUCACAGCAAUUUAUCUCCUCGGGUACGUUGACGAGCUCUUGUAUUGGAGUGGCAGGCGUCUUACGUUAGACGAGUGCCUUCGUGAUGACCUGACACCGCACAGGUUACCACCGACUUGGAUAACCCACGAAAAGUUCGUCUACCAAGCCGACGAUGGUUCUCUCACCCUUCUAGACACCCGCAACAACGUCGUGUCCCUUUUAGUCUCUAAUCAUACACUUAGACAACUAAACGUUCAGGACUACGAAUGCAGCUCUGAUCUACGUUAUGUAUUGUUCAGGCACAAUGUCAAGCCGGUUUUUCGGAACACUUUCACCGCUCUUUACACCGUUUACGAUGUCACGAACGACCAUCACACACCCAUUCGUCUACAAGCGUCACGACACAUGCAUCAGACGCGAUUACAACAUGCCGCCUGGUUGGGUAACACAUCCAAUCUCCUGAUGAUCUCCGAGAACGACAUUUUUCUUAGAAUGGGACCCACGUCGACGGAGGACACCCGCUUGACCGACACGGGCGUACCUGGGGUAAUCUAUAACGGCGUGCCCGACUGGUUGUAUCAAGAGGAAGUAUUACCAAGACCGCAAGCGAUCUGGCCCAGUCCGGAUGGCACGCAUGUCCUCUACGCCACGUUCAACGAUACCAGAGUGAGCGCGCUUGAGUUUCCUUGGUUUGGUACGCCGGGUCAAGAUGGAGCCGGACCGAAUCCCCUGAGCGCGUCCAGGUCCUUCCCACCCUCCAGAUCGGUUAGAUACCCGAGACCGGGUUUCCCCAAUCCGGAAGUCGAUUUGUGGGUCAUAGAUCUUAGUAACGUGAGCUCGGCAAAUUACAACGGUACCGGCAACGUCACGUGGUCAACGAAAAUCAAAUUAAGGCCACCGGCACUCUUGGACGAACAAGAUUACUAUUUGAUAUCGGCCGGAUGGGUUGGCGAGGACGCUUCGCAGAUCGCUGUCGUCUGGAUGACGAGGAUGCAAAACCUAUCUAUAGUGUCGGCUUGCCGUACCUCCACGUGGGAAUGCGAGGUGACCCACACGGAGCGAGCACCCGAAGGACUGUGGCUGGACGCACAACCGCAUCCUUUCUUCGCUCCAGACGGCGACAGUUUUCUGCUGUUGGCCACAGUACAAGAAGGUGAUAAGGAGCACUUCACCCACAUAAAACACGUCACACUCACGCAACAAAGAAUAGCAGUACUCUCCCAUGGUCGUUACGAGGUGAGCGAGAUCUUAGCAUGGGACACCAAGGCACAUCUCGUAUACUAUUUAGGCACUAGAGAGAAGAGACCUGGCCAAAGACAUCUCUACGUAGUACGCGACCCUGCCGCGGACGAUCCUCGUCACUUCGAGCCAUUGUGCGUGACGUGUGACCUUGGAGAUGUUCUUUGGAGUAGUAGGUUCUAUUACACAAAUUGCACACAUUUCGGUGCUUCGGUCAGUCCAUCGGUGGACAACAACACGCAGGGUUACUACGUACUAUACUGCGAGGGUCCCGGCCUCCCCCUCGCUGGUGUGCACAUGGUGUCGACGCAUAAGAUGAUUCGCGUGCUGUACGACACAAGGCUCCAACGCGCGGAAAAAUUGUCAGAACUGGCACUGCCUACUAGACGAAACUUUGAGGUGCCGCUGCCUCAAGGUUGGCGGGCUCAGGUGCAGCUGCUGUUGCCGCCUUCGUGGCGGGAAGAGCUCAGGGACGCGGCGUUUCCCGUACUCGUCGAGGUGAACGGUCGUCCUGGUAGCGAGGCCGUCACAGACAAGUUUCGAAUAGACUGGGGAACGUAUAUGUCGAGUCACAACGACGUAGUCUAUGUGAGACUGGACGUACGCGGCGCUCGUGGUCAGGGAAAGAAGGAUCUUUUCAGAAGGAUAGGCGGCGUCGAGGUGCAGGAUCAACUUACUGUGCUAAGACACCUUUUGAAGACGCACAAGUAUCUCGACGUCACCAGGGUCGGCGUAUGGGGAUGGGGUUACGGUGGAUAUGUGACUGCUAUGGUCCUCGGUAGCCAGGAGAAUGUCUUCAAGUGCGGCGUAGCGGUGAAUCCAAUCGCUGAUUGGAUGUAUUAUAAUUCCGCGUUUACGGAACGAGUCCUCGGUGCCCCAGUUGAGAAUUUUAAGGGCUACGUGGAGGCUGAUCUCACGCAACGGGCGAGAUUGGUGCCUAGUCAUAGCCUUUAUCUUCUUCAUGGCCUAGCUGACCUCACAGCGCCUUACACGCACGGCGUUGCCUUCGCCAAGGCUUUGUCCGAAGCAGGAGUCAUCUUUAGAUAUCAGAGUUACGCGAACGAAGAUCACGCCUUGAGAGGCGUGCUCGAACACGCUUAUCGUUCCAUGGAGGACUUCCUCGCCGAGUGCCUCGCCCUGGAUGCCUCCUAGUGCCUCAAUCCGAAGAAUCCUUUGUUGUCUCUAGUGCGUCUAUUUCCAAUACAUCAAAAACGGACGUUAAUACGAAGACUCGUCCUCGAGGUCACGGCAAUUACACUCGUAAACGGGAUGAUGUUCUCGUUUAGAGCCUGAAUCGCGAUAUAAAUCAGGCCGCUGGGAAUGCGAAAAAAAGCGAGAACAAUCGUUUAUUCGAAUAAACGAAGAAAAGAAAAAAAACGCCGUUUGACGAGCGUAUGCAUGAGUUUAUGCGGCAAGAUGGAGACUGAAUAGAAAGAAUUAUAAAAUGGAAGUAAAAUGGCAUUUGUAUGAGCACAAAUAUAUCGUUACGACGUAUAUCAUUUGCCUAAAGAUUCCUCUUUACUACGGGAAAAUCAUUCACUUUUCUUUCUGGAUGUGCAUCUAGCGAUAUUUAUAUUGUCAAACUAUGAACAAAAAAAUCCAGAAAUCACGAAAGAUAUCCGACAAGAACGAAGAGCGACAAAUCGCUGCUUAAUUUUUGUACAUUAACGAACGAUGUCGCUCGCGUUUCUCGCGCAAAUUCAAUAUGAUAGUUUCAUAGUUUGUUAGGCAGUAUGAAUUCUUAUUAAACAGCGCGAGCGGCUUGUUCGACGACGACGCGCGCGUCGCAAAAGUACUUGAGAGUUAAACGCGCGUACAUGCCGUGAAAUCAGGCGAGUUUCGAGAAGCGGACAAAGAGAGAAUGGAGGCGGGUGUUCGAAAGAACUCACAGACUGAAUUAUACUACGUGCGGAGCUUAUCGACGGCUUGCAAUCCGCGUCGUUCGCGUAGCGUCAUCAGAACGAUGUAGUUGGAUGGAAAUCGGUGCCGAAUGUUUGCGAGCUCGUCAUUAACGUCUUGCUGUGUUCCAAGUCCCUAGGGCGCUCAUAUAGGAAAGGCCUGAGAUUUCGUAGCGAAUGAUUAAAGGCGAAAUUAAUACGGAUUGUAUAACACUUCAACGUACAGAGCUUAUUGGGAGUCUGCAAACUUGCACUUUUCUUUGUGCCCUACUUUUCAAACAAAAUUUAUUCAAUCACAGCGCUCGAAUAACUCCAAUGUAUGUCUCGAUAUCGGGGACCGGCUCUGCGGAUCGUAAUCGAAACGCUUUUACGGCGGGAUUGAGAAUCCCAGAGAAGGUCUCUAGGGUCUCUCGAGUCAACGUUAAACGUAUGUUCGGAAGAGAGAGUUUGCAAGCUUCCGUCUUACACGUUCUCCUUUUUUUCUAGCUACGUCACUGGUGCCUCCCCCGAUUUUAAACGGAGAAAAAGUAUCUACGCCUAUGCGGUGACGUUCGUCCACAGCCAUCGACAUAUAUAUAUAUAUAUUUACCAUUAUAUAGAAUCCGGACGGUUACUGUGAAUUUUGUGUUGUACAGCUUGGCGCCUAGUUCUAUGUAUCGUAAUGUUACACGCGUAAAAAGUUGUUUCACACAGAUCUUUAGUAUCCCCAUCUCGACCCGCCCCUCCCCCCUUCUCCCUACCCGUUUGAAUUUUGAAUAUUUGUACAUAUAUAUAUAUAUGUAUAUAUACAUAUAUAUACAUACACCUAGAAGAAAUGUGAAGCUUCUUCGAUGAGGUCCCGCGCAGAUGCUUGCAGGAAUCGUGAAUGAUUCAUAGAUAGAGAAGAGCGAUAUCACUUGUUUUUAAAUAACUGAUUUUCGAUCGACAAGAUUUACGAAAAUAUGCUUGUCGAAAUAUACGUGUGAACUAGGAUUUCGUCGAAGGUGCAGGUAUCAAACUUCAUUGUAUACUUCUUCGAAAUAUACAUCGAUCGAUCCCGAAUGGAUGAACGACUAAACAGACGAUAUACUUACAAUCGUCAGGACUAGCUGUCGAUCAUCGAUCAGGCGCGAUCGGCAUACGAUGUUGAGGCUCCCGAGUACUUGCUUGCUUUUACCGUACUUUCAGGUGGAACAGUGGAAGACAAGAUAUGGCGAGACAUCGUACGCUUAUUGUCACAUAUGACUGACUUCGCUGCUCCACUAUUGUAAAAGCGAACGCUCGGAAACCUUAUAAACGCGACGUCGUCGAAGAAUAAAAGGGCUCGUAAAUGUCUCGAAAAUAUCUGCGGCAACGUCGAUGUUUUUACGAUACGUUCUACAUAGAUUUCGUAAUCUAUGAGAUUUC